GGUCCGGGUUUGAUGCUCCAAACUGGUGAGUUUGCUUGAUCCUGGUCAUGAGCAUGGUGAAAUUUUCCGUUGUCUUUUCGUGCCCGAAAACGGUGGAUAAUAGUAGCUUACCACCCGUUCUUCUCUUCUUCUUUUUUUAAGAAAAAAGGGGUGAGUUGGCACAGGAUCCAGAUCACUUGCGACGUCGGUUAUGUCUCAUCUAUAUAAACACAUAAACCACAAUACCGGACACACUCUUCCUUUCACGGUCUCAACCCAAAUAACGCCGAAACCCUAAAAGCAAUCUCUCUCUGCGAUCUCUCCCUCUUUCUCUUUGACGAAGAUGGAGAGCGUAAUACCGAAGAUGGGAAAUCGGAAGACGAAAGAAAUUCUUGGAGAAGGUGAGAAUUCUGAAGGUAGCCGUAGCGAUGUACACCUUACAGAAAAGCAGGAACUUGGAGAGUCAUUGGCUAAACUUCAACUCAAACCGGAAAACACAGGUGGCGCAACCCGGAAUGAGAGUCCUACUUUCGGUCGCUGUGCAGUUUGCCUGAAGGAGGAUGCGCACUGGAGUGACAAAUGCCCGUACCUGAAGCAUGUCCCAGACGGCACUACCAUUGGCCCUCGCUAUGGAAUAGUUUGUACGAUGUGUGGUAAGAUUGGUGGGCACCCUGGCCGCGAUAACUGGGAAGGACGUGCUGAGGAAAAAUAUUGCUUUCAUUGUUUGGAAGAUGGUCUUCACUGGGACAAGGAUUGCCCAAUUUCUCCCUACGACGACACCGACAGCCAAUUAUGUAAACCUAGGCAAGUGCGGGUGGCAGGAGUUGGAGGUUGUGAUGGCCCAAUGUAAGGGACCUAUGUUUAAGUUCUCCCUUUAGUUUUUUUCGUUGAGACAUCACUCAUAAUGUUCGUUCAAUCUUAGUUUUGGAACAAACUUAAAAUUUAAAUGGAGCUGGGCAGAAGGAAAAGAGGUUCCUUUCUCUACCCGGUACCAAAGCUACUUGAACUUCGAAUACCACACCAACUCUCUCAAAUUGUUUUUCAGCUUACUUGAAGAAUUCGU